AUGGGAGAAAACAGACUUGCAGCUAUUUUAGAAGCGUCACUCAGAGCUGACGGACAGUUGGAAGCAGAGGAAGCAAACGAAAAAAAGACACAGCAAAGCAUAGUGCCAGUUGAACCUAGCAGCAAAAAGCCAGCAAGACCUGGAAGAAGAAUAGUGAUGAGCAAAGAAAAAGAAAGCUACAUCAACCCAGAACCGAAACCCCAAGAUGAUAUUAUGGAGUGCCUAAAUGAUGUGCUUAUUGACAUAGCUAGCCCUGAAGAUCUUUCAAAUCCUUUUCAAAAUCAAGAAGAUUUAAAUGCACAUAAGUCUUUAGAAACGCCAAAGUUCAAAAUUUCGCAUAAAAUAGAUGCUACUGAGUCCAAGCCAAAAGCAGCUGGCUCAUCUAGUGCAGCAUCUGCAAGCCUUAAAUCUAAAGAAACAGAACAAAAACUUAAAUUGCAAAAAGCCAAAAAACCGACUGAGAGUGAGCCUAAAGCUGCUGCAAUAGAACAGAGCCACCCAACUAUCAAACUGCCUGAGGUUUUAAAGCAAGAACCUAAAAAGGAAGAAAAGGCUAAAAGCUCUGAGUUCGAUUUUAAGUUUGGGAGCAAAAAAAAAGAGAAAAAGCAAGAAGUUGCUGAAGAAGACGUUUUUGAAGAAGAUAAAAUGGGUGAGGCCUGAGAAUACGCCAUGUAUAGUGCUAAUGUAAAUGAGCAAGAAGAGUCUGAAUCCGGCUCAGACGAAUUCGACGCUGAUUUUGAAGGAGAAAUUGUGAUCGCUCCGAUAGCAGAAGCUGAAGCCAAAAAGCCAGAAAAGAAGCAGGAAAAGACUAAUAAGUCUAAAAAAGUCGAUUUAAAAACAAGAGGAAUCAAGGCCCAAGCAAAACUCCAGCAAAUGGAAAUGAAAGCCGAAAUGAAUAACGAAGCGUCCCAUGAAAAAGAAACCGAAGUCCAAGAAUCCCAAGUUGUCGUAAAUAUCGACGAAUGGGAAAACGUCCAAGAAGUCGCAAUUGUUGAAAAGCUGGAGACAAAGAAAGUUAAUGAAGAUUUCGUUACAAUCGAAAUUUCAGAAAUAAAAUCUGCCGAUAAGCUCGAAAAAAAUCUCUCCAUGGAAGACCUAGAAGCCCACAAUACAACCCAUGCACUUUUCUACAGCAGAAAUUACACUGUUGAGCAAGCGUUAUCUCAAAUCGAAGAAAUCAAAAUUUCUGAUGAGAUCCGCCGGACUCUGAUCCCAAAGAAAAAAUCAUUUUUCUCAUUCUUUUCUGCGUGCUUUGCACCAAGUAUGCCUAAGCUUGACCGCGAGAGCAAUGCAGAAAAAGAAAGGCUACUUGUAUUGUCGUGUACAGAUUUCGAUUCAUCCCAAAGUUUCCACUUGUCUAUGAUUAUGACAGUUUAUAAAAUAAUUACUAGCUCUCAAUCAGACUGUCCUAUAAUAGGUCCUCAUUGGAUGGAAAUUGGAUUUUCAGGCAGUAGUCCUCAGGAUGAUUUAGGCGAAAUUGGACUGGCUGGGUUGUUAUGUCUAUUAUAUAUGGUGAAUAAGUAUUACAAAUACUCGAAGCAAAUGCUGCUUGCAUCAAAAGAUACGUUCUGUGGCUUUCCUUGGGCAAUUGUACUGCUUGAGCUAGCGAGGAUAGCAGUUUCUUGCUUGAAGGAAGGUAGGCUUAACAAGCUGAUAGGGAAAGAGAAGGACUUAUACCACACUUUUCUGAGGUUUUAUGCAGGGAUCGUGCUUUACUGGUUUGAAUUGCACAAAGAAAGGAAGUUCCAGUUUGACCAAUUCCUAAAAUACAAAGACAUGGUUUAUGAGCAGGCUCGAAGGGGUCCUCAUAAGCUACUAAGCGUGGGGAUUGAAAAUUCUUCUGACAAUAAAGGCUUCAAUCGGCUAAAAAACCACGUUGCAUCGCUGUCAAAUGCAACUAACUAA